UAUAAAAAGAAGUCAUUCUUUUUAACACACAUUAAUAACAAAAUAGGUCCAUAUAAAUUAAAACAGUGGUAUAUAAUAUAUAACCCAUAAGGCUAAUCCCUGUAACACCAUCUCCCAAAGCAUCAUUUUGGGCGCCAAAAGUCGCAAGUCGCAAAAUCCUCUCUUCUAGGGUGACAUUUUUGUGUCUACUCAGUUGUGAUGGGUUCAAAGAGAAAAUCAAAGAGCUGCAACCAUUUUCAAAGCUGUGAUGAUUCUUGCAUUUUCCAGCAUCUUAUCUCGGUCCUUCAACUUCCACAGGGUGUGAACUUACCUGUCUUGAAAAGUUUGUAUGGUCUGCUUAUCCAUUUCUCCUUGAACUCACUACAAAAUCCAACAUACAAACUUGAUUUUGAUGAUUUGGAUAUGGAAAUUGAUCACAAUGGGUUUAAGGCAUCAUCAAAAGAUAUAGAGACCCUCUCUGGGAUUUUAUUUGAAGAAAUGUUUGAGAGGUUUGACCAUUUAUUCUCUGCUCCCCAUGAUACUUCUGUGAACAAUCAGAGACAAGGUAUUUUGCAGCAGAAUAUGUCCAAAGAUGCUGAAACGUUUUAUUUGCUGCUGAGGUGUUGUAUGGUCACCUUAACCUUGCUUGUGUCCCAACACAAUUUUCUUUUAGAAAAAGGGAAGGUCCUUUUGAUGUUGCUCCGGAAGUUAUGUUCAAUAAACACAUUUGGGGCAGGAAGUAGGAAGGAAAUUACUUUUCAAAAAUCAGUUUCACGUGCAUGCACAUCUGAGGAUAAUGAUUGCAGAACGACUUCCACAGAGGACAUUGUUGCAUCACUCCAAAUCAUUGAGCCAUCUGAUGUUCACACUUCUUUCUUGUGUGGGACAUUUGAGGUUUUUGUGGAUGAGCUUCUGGUGCAUGGACAGUUGAGACAGUACUUUAAGCUUAUUGAUUCUCUAGCUUCUUCUGCUGAAAUUAUAUUCACACCUCAGUCCGGUCAGGGAGAUAUAGGAAUAGUACUGGAAGUUUUGUCUAGGUACUUCUUAAUAUCGUGGUCUGAUGAGCAUAGGUCUGGAGAUCAUCUUAACAGAUUAUUAUUGGUAAACAAUGAAUAUUUCAAAUCUUCAUUAAAAGCUCAUGAAUUGAGUCUGACUGCAGCCAUAUCGUUGCUUCUCAACCCCAUCAUUCUUUCUGCCCCAAAACUAAUGCAAGCACAAUUGAUUUCAAUGAUUUAUGAGGCCACCUUUUUGUGGGUGGAUAUGCGAAAUCGUAAGACAAAUCACAGACCUCUCAACUUCUUUCUCUCACUGUUUGAAAAAUCAGUAGCUUUAUACAUGAAGCAUAUGUCCCUGUUUCAAUUUGACUGUCGAUCUUCAUUUGUUAGUAAUUCUUCUACCAAAAGUGCAGAAGUGAAGGGCAUUCAUUCCCUUUUUGGAUCGUGUAUAUUAGCAAGCACAAGAAAGGAGAUCAAUAAUUUAAUUUUGAAGUUUGAGGAUUCAUCACAAUCUCACUUUCUUAAACUUUUUUUUGAAAUGAAAUCUGACCUGAUAAGUUCCUGUAUAACAUAUUUGAAAGAGAGUCGGUAUCUUCUAGACAAAUCCUGCCAAGAUGAGAUUAUAUCCACCUUAAGCUGCCUAAUUCUAAGAGCUUCGGACAGUUUCGAGGAGAAUGCAAUUGUGGAUGCAAGUCUGGAAGAUAUUUGUCUUCUGGUUUCUACACUGAAGUUAAUGAGCUCUUCCUUGUUGCAAGUUGUCUGGUGCCUCAGAUGCGACUUGAAUUCCGAUUGUCCAAAAACCUUGAAAGAUUUUUCAUCCUGUAGGGAAUACAAUUCUAUCUUGGGAAUAAUUGACUGUUUUAGAGAGCUCAGCAUAUACAGUUCAGUCCAAAAUUUAUCACGCCAAAUGAUGGAAAUAGACUCUGAGAAGCACAAAGUUUCCAAGAUGAUGUUUCUGCAUUUUUCAGGAUUGCUCUCAUUCAGUUUCUUUAAGAGGCUUGAUUGUUUAGCAAAAGGCUGCUUGUUUAAUAUUAUAGCUCUGCUGAAUUUAUUCAUCUUUGAAGAAGGUAAUUUGGAUAUACUGCAGUCACUAGUUGAUCCAACUCCAGACUCCUUUUCAUCUGGAUUAUCUGCUGUUAGAAUCCAGGAGGCUGUAGUGGACAAGAGAUCUAGCCUUGUGGUUGCAUCAAAGUUUCAGAAGGCAAGGACCCUGCGUUCAAGUUCAAGGAAGGGAGACAGCUCAGCGAUAAGCACCUCUGAGCUUGAUAACAAAGAAGAUGUUGAAGCAAUGGAAGAGGAGAUGGAGGAAACAACCAACGGGAAGAUAUUUCUUAAAUGCAGAUUGCAAGCUGGACAAGUCCCCGAUUUUGAUGACUUAGCUGAUUUUGUUGAGUGCAAGAAAGGAAAGGACUACUCUUCCUGGCUAAAGAAUCGCCAACAAUAUCGAAAGUUGAAAUGUGACAAGAUUGCACUGUUAAGGUGGAAAAAGAAGAAGAAAUGUUGGAAAGUCAUGAAAAGGAAUAAACCUUGAAUUAACUUGAAGAGUUUUCCUCGGAAAGAGAACUGGCGAGUUGAGCUUCAUUGCAUUGACCUGAACAUAUGUUAGGAUAUCGCCUGCUGGAUAUUGGCUGUAGAAUGAUGUUUUAACAAGGCUUUUCUCAGUGCAUGUAAGAAAAUUGCUUAAAGAAGGUAUCUGAUGUCUGCGGCCUCAUUUAAGUAGGGUGAAAUCUGAAGACUGAUGUGCUUGGAAGUCGGAUCCUAAAAGUUAAUGGAGCUUCUUUUUGUCCUUAUUAAGGCGAUGUAAUGGCCAUAGAAUCCAGGAAACUGCCUCUGCAACAUGAUUAAGUUGAUAGUACGUCUUGAUUGAGGUAUAGCAGAGUUUUAGCUUGCUGAACUUUAACUUGGAUCAAGAGCACCCCGAAGUUCUGAUAAAGGAGCUGGGAGGUGUUUACAGGAUCUUCAACCUGCUCUGUUCUUGCCUCCUAAUGCAGAAGCAACAUUGUGAGAAUGUUGAAUUCAUCUCUAUAUUUCCCUUUCUCGGUUGUUUCAUCAAGAGGGUAAACUGAGGAAAUUAUGAAUGUGUAUGGCUCUUCUAAAUUGACCAUAAGAGCUUGUAUUAUAGGAUCAUGCUUGAAAGGUGCAGAACUUCUGUAAUAUUCCACCAUCAUUGGUACUUUUGUUGUGUACAUUCAUGUAAAAUUUCUAUAAUUUUGGAAGGUGAGGUUCGAUUACCUUAGAGUAAUAUUCCUUUUUCUUUCCUACUGAUUCUGCCAUGUUAAGUUAAAGAGAUGGCAAAACAUUGGAACACUGAGUUUAAUGGCACUGCAGUUUUCAAUUAGGCCUGGUAAAA